AGAGAUUAGCAUAAAAGAAUUAAGAGAUUGUUCUAUCUCUUAUUCUCAGGUCUGUCCCAUCCAUUAAGCCAAAUGAAGACGCUUGCUGUAAAUAAGGCUGUGUAAUUUCAAUUCCUAGCGAAAAAUAAACCAAGCAUGAGACUUAGAUUCAGCAUAAAAUGUCAUAUCAGGUGGAUAACCACAAGAAUAGAUCAAGCUGCAUGCACUUCGUUGUCGAGAAUUGUAAGGACAGUUCAACUCCUAUUCCUUCAGUGGUUGAACCUUUUCUCUGCUCAGAAACGAGGCCAUCCGAGGGAAGAACGAUCUCUUCUUUCGUCUUGAGUCGGUCUUGGAAUCCAUGGUUUUCGAUCUUGACAUUUUGUGCAGCUUGGGAACUGUCACUGGACUCCGAUGAAGAACCUCUUCUGUCUCGCUUGUGAAGGUUUCCUGUUCUCCAAUGCCGUCUAGAUUUGGCAACUCGGAGAAGCUCCUGGUGACAGCGUUCGCUCCUCUCUCUUGUUCUUGCUUACCUCUCCAUGCGCUUACCUUCUCUGCUGCAACUCUUAAUCUUUCCUCGACUGUUCUUCUACCAUCAUCGAGCUCCUCGGCUUCGUCAGCUUUCAUUCUAAGCUUGAAGUACUCCUCGAUUGAUAGAGUUACUCGAUCGCUUGCUUGUUCACUCUCUUCCAUUGCUUUGGCUGUCCAGUAAGCUAAUUUCUCCACUGCUUUAGCUGCCUUGAUCUCGCUAACCGUGGCGUUUAAUCUUUCCUCCAUCUUAGUAGCUUCCGCUUUGUCUUGUUCUGCUAUUUCCUUGGCCUUCCUUAGCUCCUUUCGUGCCAUUUGAGCUUCUAAUUUAGCUUGCUUCGCUUCCUUGGCUGCUUGUUCUAACGUCUUCAGCUCCACCGUCUUUUCCUCUACCUUCUUCUCCAUUAUGUUGAGUUCAGCUGCGAGAGAUGAGGCCGAUGAAGAUGCGAUACCUUCCCUCUGUUUCAUGGUGGCGAGGGAUGUUCUCUCCAUUUCUACCUCGGACUUGAGCGAAGAAACUGCAGCUCUCAGCUCUUUCAACUCUCAGACUACAAAGUGAUGCAGAAGCUUGUUCGAACUUUGACUUGAGAUCAUUUGUCAGCAUGAGCUGCUCGUUCAGCUGUUGCAAUUCGUCUUCAGCUUGCUUCAGCUCCCUUUCCCAGUUUGAUUUGUCCUGCUCCAAGGCCAAGGCUGCACCAUCUUCGAGCAAUUCCUUGGUCACGAUGAGUUCCAAGGUUAAGUCCUCUACAGUCUUCUCAAUCUCCUCGGAUGCAGAGGCAAGAUCUUGAUCUUUCCUUGCUGCAACAUGUUCUCUUUCCAUUGAUUCCAGCUCUAGUUGUUCUGAGUCCACCCCUGCAACAACAGUUGUGUUCCUUUCUCUGUUGAUCUCAUCGAGUUCAUCUUCUUGAUUUGCUUGUGCCUCCCCGGAUUCUGCCUUCUCCAGCCUUACGUUCAGCUCCUCCAUUAAUCUCUUUGCUUGAUCUAACUCCUUCAGCACAUGUUCUUUGGUAACUUCUGCAGCUUCACAUUGUUGUCUGUACUUUGUAAUUUCUUCUCGUAUCUUCUCGAGUUCAAGUUGGAUAUGCUUCUGCCUCUACAUAUAUAUCACAUCAAUGAAAAAUCAAACUAAUAGAAAAUUAUUUGACUUGAAUGAUCAAAGUUUAGUGGAAAACUAUAUAUAGGAAAAUAAAUAUACCUCUAUGGUUAAGAUUGUUUGAGCUUCUCCAUCAACGAUUCCUCCAAACUUACUUAUGGCAUCCUUCACAGACUCAAAGGGUGCAGCAGUGUCGAUAUGCCCUCGAUCUAUGUCAUAUUUUCCUAUACUCUCUGAUAGUUUUGAUAUCUUCGGUGAAGAGUCAUUUAUUUUAAGUGCCUCCAAUGAUGAAAUUAAUAUAAUAAAUCAAUCCAGAAUGUGUAAAAAAGGAUUUGCAAUUAUUAAUGGAAAAUAUAAUAUAAUAAAUUGAAUUUACCUCUUCAGACACAGCCAUUUACUGAAGAUGAUCACUGCAUUCAUAAAGAAAAUAUAAGCCAAAAUGAAUUGAUUCUAUUUAGAACUGCUAAACCAUGCAAAAUUCUCUCAUAAAGGAAAAUGUUUCUGCAGGCUGACACUAACAAGAACAUGCAGGGAAGUGAGAUGAAGGCAAAGACGGAAAACUUACAUGAACUUUGUCCCUCUUCUCUCUUUUAAUCCAAUGUGCAUGGUGAGGAGAGUUCAAAUAGGAGGGAGAAGAGGUGGAAGACCACUUUUCCAAAACUCUCACUGCCUUUGGACCAUCAAUAUUUUGGUCUCUCUGCUGGCUUGUAAGCCUGUCUUUUCCUUUAAUACAAUGAUCUUGAUGAGUUCGAUUGUCCAUGUCCUUUUAAUGGGUUGAUGAUGACUCUGCCACCUCACAGCACUUCAUUGACACCUUGUUUAAUAGUUGUAUGGGUCAAAAUAUUGAGAAGGGAUCAUAAAUGUGAGUAUAUUUGAAUUAGUUUAUUAUCUGUAUUGCUGAUAUAGGACUCAUUUGAAUGGUGGAACAUCUCUCUUUAUCCUACAUAGAAUGAUCUCUAUGGUCAAUGGCUUAAAAUAAAUAGGUACUCCAAAUGGUGCAAUGCAAUUUCUCUGUAUUAUUUUCACAUUUUAGGAUGAGUAAAGUAUUCCUUAUAAUUACAAUAAGAAAAGAUAAGCUUUUUCUUUUAAUCGCUUAACUAUGUUACAAAUCGAUGCAUAUGUGAAAUGAAUUGAACACUGUAAAUGCUGGGAAGGUAGUGCACACUGCAGUGAAGCAACUCUUUCGAGGUCCCCAAGUCCCUCCCCACUCGGUCUCUACUGUUCUCUUCCUCCCUCUCCCAAUAAGUUGGCCUCCGUAGCUCCCACCCCGAAGAGGAGUUGUAGCCUUCUGCCAUCUCCGAACCAUAAGCCCCCCCCAUUAUCUGCGCACUUCUGCUUACAUGGUGGACGUCGACCGCCACAUGGCGGCCCUGACACCCGCCCACGCCGCCGGCCUCCGCCGCCUCUCCUCCCGCGCUGCCGCUGCUCCCUCCUCCUCCUCCCGUCGCCGCGGCCUCCACUCCCACCGCCCCCUCGCCGAGGAUGUCCUCUCCCACCUCCGCGCGUCUUCCGUCCCCCUCGGCCCGGGACUCUCCGAGCCCGAGCUCGCCCGUCUUGAGGCCGAGCUCUUCCUCUCCUUCCCCCCGGACCUCCGCGCCCUCCUCGCCCUCGCCCUCCCCUCCGCUCCCGGCUUCCCGGACUGGCGCGCCCCCCGCCCCGGUCGCCUCCUACGCCUCCCCCUCGCCGCCGCCGCCCUUCAGGUCGCCCAUGGCGCUCUCUGGCCCCGCUCCUGGGGGCCUUGCCCCGCUGAGCCCGUGCGUGCCCUCCGCUGCGCCCGCGCCGCCCUGCGCCGUGCUCCCUUGCUUCUUCCGCUCUUCCGUCGCUGCUACCUCCCCUGUUACCCCUGCCUUGCUGGGAACCCCAUCUUCUACGUGGACGACACCCGCGUCUUCUCCUGCGCCCUCGACCUGGCCGACUUCUUCCAGCGCCAUUUCGCGGCCCUUCAGCCCCCGGCGCCCUCCUUUCCCCGGAGCCUCGACGCCACCGCCGGAUUCAGCCCCCGCCGAAUAGACUUCUGGAGCGAAGCCGCCUUCGACAGCCACUGCCGAAACUCCUAUUCAUCGUCGUCGUCGUCGUCCUUGUGCACCUCCUCUUCAUCCGCUCCCGAGACGCCUUCCUCGUCCUCGUCAUCACCGCCACUGGACCGGGAGCGGUUCGUGGAGAUCCCGACGCCAAGACUGACCUGGUUCACGAGCUACCUGGACCGGCUCGGCUCGGUCCUGAGGCAAGGCGGGUGGGGGGAAUCGGACAUCAGUGAGAUGGUCUACAUGUCGUCUACGGGGGCCUUCAACGGCUACCAGGACGCCGCGGUCGACGCGGAGGCGGUUCUCGACGCGCUGCUCGUGAAGGUGGACGUCUGCUCCGACUCGCUACUUAGAGCUGGCUGGGGCUCCGACGAGUUCCCCGACACGCUGGACCUCGACCUCGGGCCGCGAAGAGGGACGGAACGCCACCCACCGGUGAAGGUACCGCCGGCGAUUGCUCUUAAAAUCGAGAAGCUCGCCGAGGCGGUGCGCUGAGCCGUAUAACGAGUUGAGACCGGAGCACAUUGCAUGGUAAAGUGUGUGACUGAUGAGUCAGCACGACUUGGUCCAUGGGUUGAUGUAGGGAGCUUUCUACCGGCUGAGCUGGUUGUCAGAGACGAUUAGAUCCUCGAGUCGGGGGUGGGUUGAUCGAUGACUCGCCACGGGGGCACUGGUCCGCGACUCCUGAGGUUGGGCUACCUUCCUGUAAAAAUGUUUUUCGUAGGGUGAUUCUCGAUUUUGGCCCAUCCGAUGAGCAAGUCAGUAAGUAGUCUUUCUUUUUCUCCUUUUUUCUUUUGGAGGUCGGGUAGAGAUUCGUGAAAAGAUCGAUCGUAUGUGGAUUGACGUGGUGGACACAGCACGACAUCAAUAUGGAUUCUGGCUUGAUGUGCGGGGCGUUGCCAUCCCGGGAUUGUCGGGACCAGACAUGUCGAUUAAUGUCUUGAGAGUACGAGUUCUGACACGUGACGUUUGACAAUUGUGACGUAUCCUGGAGGCA